UGCUUGCUAGUGUCUUACAGGCCGCUAGCCCACUAAUUUAUGGCCAGGGUAGAAGGCUCAUACCAAAAAGGGCGGCUCUGCCUGGGAGCCCCUGGGGAGGUACACGCCGCGUCCGCCUCCUUCCCAUAUGGCGCUAUCUUCUCGCGCAGCCCCGCCCUGCGCGCCGUACCGCGUUUACGGCUGUGGCCACAGCAGUGGCCUAGCCCGCUUUAGCGUUUUAACGUCGAAGACGCUGCGCGGGCGUAUCAAGGAACAUCACCCGCGCUAAGGACACACGCCCGGAAGUCCGCGCGGCGCGGCCCGCAUCGCGCGCACGCGAAUUUCGUGCGUCACCGACCGCGACAACGCCUCUACCCGCGCAGGUCUUGUGCUGUCGCAGGACAUCGACGAAUACGAGAGGUAGAAUUCUUGUGAUAGCGCGUCAGAAGCGGCGCCGUCGGUCUUAGGGUGGCGCGCUUGCCUUGGCGCUGCAUUAAGACUACCCGCCGUCGGCGCUUGCAUUAAGACUACACCUUGUGUGCUGACGCGGCGUCCUUCGAGAACGUUGUGUCGUUGCCGUCGACUCAAUACGCAUUUCACGUCGUCGCUGCGAUCCACGUCCACGCCAUCGUUUCAAAUACGCGUAUGCGCCAUCGACUCGACGUUUUCUAAGCCGUCGGCGCUACUCGUCUUAUGCUAUCGGUGCAUCGACGCCACACAUCCGCGCCGUCGCGCCAUCGCGUGACGCCAAUGGCACGCCAUCGACGCCGUCACGAUCCACUCAGGCCUCUCCCAGCAGCAAAUCGUCGACCUCUCGCUGCGGCCUCGCAGGACUAGUUGGUUUGCUACCAUGGCCACGUUAGACGGCUGGCUACGCAAAAUGCAACUCAAACGCGGAUGGACUUGUCUCGUUUGUACAACGAGGCACGAGAGCGAUACGAAAGAUUAUUUGUUCUGUGCGAACUGUGAGUACCCGAAAGGAACGCAGCGUCCCCUUCCUCUUGUUGAUGGCUCGGAUAGGGCAGAUGUCGAAGAGGUCGCUCAUUUUGAAGAAGUGGGUGAUGGCCCCACAGAGGAUGGGGCGCCUGAAGUCGUCCUGUGUGGAAAUCAACCACUGAAUCCCGUUAAAGAUAGAAACUCAGAAGUUUCAAGUUUUCGACAGAUAUUUAAACGCGUCCCCGACGGCCCAAACUGCCAGGAGAGCCCUAAUUACGUUUCACGAGAUGAUUUCAACUCUUACAAACCCCACGCAUCCCGGGACAUCUAUGCGUGUAGAAAUACGCCACGUCGAAGCGGGAUCGGACCUACGCCGCGGACGUCGUGCUGAACUGCUCCAAGCUGAGCUGGCUCGAGGGCCACGUCGCGCCGCGGCUCGCGCGGUACCGCCUCGAGACGCGC